AUAUAGCCUCUCUCCCUCUCUCUCUCUCUCUCUCUACAUUCCUCUCAUUAAUUUGAGCAGCUGGGCACUGCUUUCUCAAAGAAUUAGGAGAUGGGUACCUCCAAAUUUCACGUCGUGACGAUGAUGUCCCUGUUUUUGACGAUGGGAGCAAAAAUUGAAGGGUACCCAUCAGGGGACUUGGUUGUAAAUUUACCCGGGCAGCCGGAAGUUGGGUUCAAGCAGUACGCGGGCUACGUCAACGUUGAUGAGGGAGCAGGGAGGAGUUUGUUCUACUAUUUUGUUGAAGCCGAGGUCGAUGCUGAGGAGAAGCCUCUCACUCUCUGGCUUAACGGAGGUCCUGGUUGCUCUUCAGUAGGAGGAGGAGCCUUCACUGAGCUGGGUCCAUUUUAUCCUAGAGGCGAUGGUCGGGGCCUUCGAAUUAACAGAAAAUCAUGGAAUAAAGUAUCAAAUCUCUUGUUUGUUGAAUCCCCUGCUGGAGUUGGAUGGUCUUACUCAAAUACAACUUCUGAUUACACAACCGGAGACGAAAAGACCGCCAAUGACAUGCACAUGUUCCUAUUGGGAUGGUAUGAAAAAUUCCCAGAGUUCAAAUCCAGAGACUUGUUCCUUAGUGGAGAGAGCUAUGCAGGGCAUUACAUACCACAGCUAGCCAAUGUUCUUCUGGAUCAUAAUAAGCAUUCAACUGGUUUCAGAUUUCAUAUUAAAGGAGUUGCUAUUGGAAAUCCACUUUUAAAGCUUGAUAGGGAUGUUCCAGCAACCUAUGAGUAUUUCUGGUCACAUGGGUUGAUUUCUGAUGAGAUUGGUCUCACUAUUAUGAACAACUGUGAUUUUGAAGAUUAUACCUUCAGUAGCCCACAUAAUGUCACGCAAGUUUGCAAUGAUGCAAUAUCUGAAGCAAAUAAAGUGGUUGGAGAGUACAUUAACGAUUACGAUGUGCUGCUUGAUGUGUGCUAUCCAUCGUUGGUGGAGCAGGAACUGAGAUUAAGGAAAUAUGUUACUCAGAUUAGUGCUGGUGUUGAUGUUUGCAUGAGUUUUGAAAGAAGUUUUUACUUCAAUCUCCCAAAAGUGCAGCAGGCUCUUCAUGCCAAUAGAACAAAAUUGCCUUAUAGAUGGUCUAUGUGCAGCAGCUUUCUGAAUUAUAGUGGUACAGAUGGUAACAUCAAUAUUCUACCUCUACUCAAAAGAAUAGUUAAUCAUCGGAUACCAGUUUGGGUUUUCAGUGGAGACCAAGACUCGGUAGUACCCCUGUUGGGCUCUCGAACACUAGUACGAGAACUAGCUCAUGAUCUUAAAUUUAGAAUGACUGUUCCUUAUGGUGCUUGGUUCCACAAAGGACAGGUGGGUGGAUAUGCAACCGAGUAUGGAAAUAUACUAACAUUUGCGACUGUUAGAGGUGCAUCUCACAUGGUUCCUUAUGCACAACCAGCUAGAGCUCUCACUCUAUUUAGAUCUUUCAUAAGCGGUCAAAGACUACAUAAUACAACUUCUCCAUCAAUUGAUGAUUAAAUAGUCCUCAACAAUCUUCAUGCUGAAGAAAUUAGCAGCAACUGCAACUAAAGGUGGAUCAUAUGUUACCUUAUUCUUUAGAUAGAUUGAGAAAUAACAGAUAGAUUCGACAAAUUCUGAAUGAGACGAACUGUAUAUUAAAGGUCUCAUGAUUUUCAUAGUUCAAAUUGUCAUUUCUUUUGGCUGUGUUCUUUGGAAUAUUGAUUUUCAAUGAAAUUCAUUUCCAAGUGUAAUCUAAAGUCCA